CCUUGCAAGUUCUGGGCGAGAGGACCCUGGGAGAGAAGGUGUCGGUAUAAAGCAUGCCGCACUUCAUGCCGAUGCUGCGCCUCUUGAGCCAGAACUGGUUCUACCUUCUUCACCACUCAUCCCGAAGCGCUCUGAUUGUAUAAGCGUCAUGGCUGGAUUGAAAGUGUUUGGUACUGAGAAGCCUGAUGAUAGGGCGAGGGAGUUGGCAAAGACGUUGUCGUUGGAGGAACAAGUAUGUUGUGCUUUAGCACUCUCAAAUAUAUCACUGCCUAUCAAAAUACCGUUCAGAGACGCCAUGAGAGAUGUAAUUAUAGUAGUUUCAGUCUCUCUUGUAACUCUUCUUCAAACUCUUCACGGCUUAGUUAGGGUACCGUCGACAAAGUCUAGAUUUUGUCUAAACUAUGCAAUUACCCCCUCAUCAAAAUUUACCGUUUCGUACUUGCACUUCCGUAAUCUAUUCCAAUUUUCAGAUUCUCGACAAGUUUUUCUAGACCUAAGACCAUCACAAGACGCUAGGUUGAUAUCUCAAGGUUUCCCUUCUCGCCGGCGCAGACUUUUGGAGGACCAAAGCUUUUCCAGAAAGGGGGAUUCCCUCCAUCAAAACCACAGACGGACCAAACGGGGCUAGAGGAGAGUUCUUCAAAGAUGGCACUCCAGUGAGUUCCGACCAGUAUUGUCCAGGAGAUUAACGAUGCUAAUCACUCUUAGGCUGCCUUGUUCCCUUGCGGUGUUUCAAUGGCUGCAACAUGGAAUGUAGACCUGAUUGAAGAAAUUGGAAGCCACCUCGCGGAUGAAACCAAAGCUCGUGGCGCAGACGUCCUCCUUGCCCCAACCGU